CUGGCUGUCCCUUCACCGUCUGUAAAAUUCCGAGGCUGGCUCUGCAGGACACCACCCCCCUGCCCCGAGGGGGGCCAGGACCCGCUGGCUCAGCUCCUGGUGGGGUGGGUGGCCACGGGCUGCGUCAGAAGCCAGGACAGCUAAGGGGAUUGCCAGCGGGUCCCCUCGGGGCUCUGAGCUGACGACAGCCCCUCCAGCCACACCCCCUCAAGCGGCCCCCCUAGCCGGGGCAGGUGCGAGGGCCGAGGUGGGGGUUGGCAUGGGGAGUGGAAGGUGUGGGAUUAGAGCGCCCCCACUGGGCAGAGGUAAGGUUGGGGGCACAGAGAGGGAGGCAGCUGCAGACUGUGCCCGCAACAGGCACAGACUGACCGAGGGGGCUGGGGACCCACCACCCUCACACCCCCUCCGGCCAGCUGUGAGCCCCAGUUCCCGGGCCUCUGGCCUGGGCCUCAAGCGCGCACAAGGGCCUGGCCCCUGCACCAAAGCAGACCAAGAGCCAGCAUCCCCCUCCCCACCAGAGUCCCAGCCGGGGUGGCAUUCUCAGGGCCCUGUCCUGGGCUCUCUGGGCUCACGGUGUGCAGGGCCCACCAGUGCCCCCCCCCACACACACCCCCCAGACAAACCUCAGCCAGGCCCUGCAGAGGCCCCAAGGGUUAUGAGGCUCAGAGGUCAGGGUGAGCUUCUGGGAGGGCUUCCUGGAGGAGGGGGCCUCAGACUGUGCCUGGGCCCAGGGCUGGGGGCCACAUCCCACAGGGCCUGCCAGGACUACCCCUUCCCUUGCUGCGGGGCAUCGGCCCCCUUCCCAGGAGGACACGCCAGGGGUGGGCGGGGUUGGCUGGAGGCAGCUGGGCCAGGGUGCUCUGGGGCGCAACCUGAUCGGAGCCUAUCGCAGUGGGCUAUGUCCCAGGCCAGCGCCCCAGGGCAUCUUAGGGGCAUAAAAGCACAGCGGGAGAGGCCCCCAGCACGCCUGCCCUGCUCCCGAGCCCGCGCCCUGGUCAUCGAGGGCGGCUCCGCCAUGCUGCACACGCUGCUCAUCGGCUUGACCCUCGCCCUGCUUGGGGCGGCCCCCGGCCAGGCCCAGGUCCCCAUCCAGGCCGACUUCGAUGCCAGCCAGUUCCAGGGCACCUGGUACAUGGUGGGGGUCGUGUCGGACGACCAGGCCUUCCUGGACUCCAGGGACCACCUGAAGAUGCCUGUCGUCCUGGUGACCCCCUUGGCCAGUGGCGACCUGGCCCUCAAGUUCGGGUACUCCACGCCGGACGGCGGGUGCCAGAAGGCAGACGUGACCUUCACCAGGGGUGCCGUGGACGGGCAGUUCAGCAACGCGGCCUUGGCCCAGACGGACAUCCGGGUGGCGGCCACGGACUACAAACACUUCGCCGUGCUGUACGUCGAGACGCAGAAGGGAGGCGUGAGGAACGUCUGGCUGCAGCUCCUCGCCCGGGCCCCAGAGCUGUUUCCUGAAGGUGCGCAGAAGAUGCAGCAGCUGGCACCCCAAGUGGGCCUGAACCCCAGCCAGGGCGCCCUGCUGCCCAAAUCAGGUGAGCCCCAUCCCCGCGUCGGCUCAGGGUGCAGGACCCGGAAGACCCCAGACCCUUGAGGCCAGGCCCCAAGGCCCACUCUGAGGAGCCCGGGGCCCCUUGGGAGGGGUCACCGGCAAGCCGGGAGGCAGGCGGCUCAGAGGAGGGUGGGUGCUCUGCCCCUGGGGGGCCGCAGGGCAGGUCCUCAGGCCUUCUCUCUU